UUGCAUGCAAAAAGGAAAAUAUUUCAUUCAUCUAGAAUACUCAUAUUGAAUUGUGAUACGGAUAUUAAAAAGGGGUUAGUUGAGCAGAUACAGAUAAGAUCCCACACAAGGAUUCCCGACCGGAAAUAUAUCUCCGAAACGCCACGACUUUGAUCCGAGACAUGCUGGCUGGCCUGAUCAAUGGCUUCCAGAAUCAAAACAUAGGAUCUUCAAAACAUUGUCAUCAAAAAUUGAGACUCACGGAUUAAGAGAAAAGCCAUUAGCAAAAUCUUCCAACUUCGGACUCGGACACAAGUUCUAGGUCGAUGAUGUAGCAAAACUGGCCAAGCAUUUAAGGUCGAAAGACAACAAUGGAGAAAUGAAUAGAGGCAACGAAAAUAUCGAACAGGACUCAUCAUGAGUCAAUAGGAACUUCCAUACCUCCAGGGUUCAUCGAGAGAUCGUGGAAUUGAAAGAAUUUUUGAGAGCAGACCCAAAAGGGGCUCCAUCUGAUGGUGAUAUCCAGGGGAUGGGGUGAAGGCCUUUCCAUGAAUAUCCUCUGGAUCUGCGACGAGAUCCUACUCUUUCUGCGACAAGAAGAAGUCUACUGCUCCACAACAAAUCACUACCCAAACAAGUUUUCUGUAACAAAGCUGUGCAGUUAGUUGUGCCAAAUCCUUAAUAUAUCGAUAUCUGAUGCCUACGACAAUAUGAAAGGUGGACGGGAUACUCCCAGAGACCGCACAACGACUAGCGGAGUGAGAAUAUAUGGAGAAGAUUAAAUUUGGUUGUGGACGACUCUCGAUCUGAUCUAAGCUAUUCUAUUUUCCGAUGCAUUAUGGUGUGGCUGAAACUGAAAGGUCUGGAGGUUCUAGACUCGCGGGCCCAUUCCUAGAGAUGACGACACAGUCACACAACAAAAGGCUUCAUCCCACAUUCAAGCUGUAUCGAAGUCUCUCUGUUCUCUUGUCGGUUCUCGACUAAUGAUGUCCCUAGACUUACCAGGAGAUGUUUUACUCCGCUAAGUAGUUGCCACAAUAUAGAUGACAUAUCUCCGAUAGUGCUGCUUAGUAGCCUUGGUCUUCAUCAUGAAGACGAUCUAGAAACAUUGUAUGUUCGAAAGUGGAUUUUCUCGUCUUCGCUGUCCAAGCGAUGACCUUCAGUGUACUAAUUCGAGAAGCUCGUCUUCGAGCAUAUGUAUUUACACAAUUACAUACAAUCCGAUCAGUAUCGCAUCAAACCAACCGAUUUGUCGACAAUGAAAGACACAUCACGAACUGACUUGGUGCAGGAUCGAGGCACUCCUAAUCCAACCUCUACUCCCAAGUCAAUAAGACAAGACCACAUUUUGUCCUCAAGUGAUGGUGUUUCUAGUAAGGUCUUAGAGAGGACUCCUCGAACGAUCCCAUCACCACCAAAGUAUUCUAUUUUCCCUACCAACAACGGAACCGAGAAUACAGUCAGCGAAGAUGACAUGCAUAUCAAAGGCAUCCAUUUUCCAAUUACAAAUGGGCAGAAGCAGGCAUCGUCGCCAAUCAAGAAGUCUUAUCUGGGCAAAGAGAGGGCGGAGCCCAUUAGCCUUGAAGGUGUAGUGGAUCUUACCAAUACCGUGGAUACUACUAUACACGAAAAAGUUGCACCUGGUACAUACAAACCCUUUGUCACUCGUUGAAGUUCAAGGUCAAAAAGACUUUUGCACUUACAACUCAACCCCUCGCUAUCAAAUUCAUCUGCUUCACUAUUCUUUGUGCGCCCAAAAAAUCGGCCAUUUCUAUUUGCAGAAUCUAUAUUGAACAGGAGCUGAUUUAUUGUUCUCGUUAGCUCUCACUCAUGAAUAUGUUUUACCUACACAACACGAGGUCAUAACGAAAGAAAUCACUCGAGAGAUCCAUCAACAUCAUUACCAUCAUCGAGUUCUUCCUGUCAUUGAUACCGAGAUCUUACCUACCAAACACUACGUUUACGGUAAUGAUGGGGAUACACUAAUUAAAAUACCGGAGUCUAUGGUACCCCGUUACACGGUCACAGGGUCUUAUUCUCCAAGUUGGUCCAUUGUUCAGCAUCCACCAGCUCCUGCUGAAGAUGCCUUUGAUUCACCACUGUUUGGGGUAGAACCUGAACUACCAAAUACAAGUUACACAAUACAUUUUCAGCCAAACUCGAAAGGCCAGAUACAAUGGUCCCAUGUACCUGGUGAGCCUGUAAAGGUCAUGGAGCGAGAGUACACUACUGCAGAGGGCUUCCCACGCAAGGAAACUUGGUGGAGACAUCCCCCUGUUCGUGCAACUGGUGCUUAUGAGGCGGGCCUGACAACACCCAUGUACUGGAAUCACGUACCUGCUGGAAAGCAACAUAUCACAACGAAAACACCAACCCCGCUUCCACAGAAAGAGAGGACGAUUAAGGAACUUUACGAUCUUGAGCGUGCGCAAGCAACUGAAUAUAAUAGCAUCGAUCACAUAGAUACUAAUAUGGCAAAACUGCGCGAGAAGAAGUUGUACAAUGGUCUUUCGACCUCGGACUCAGUGCAUGCUCGUGAGCUGAACGAUAUGCAUUCGACAUCAUUUCCGAGAAAACCAAUUACACAUCAACAAACAUAUGAGAGUCCAUCAACUCGAGAUUCAGGUUAUGGUGGUUUGGAUAGUACCUCUUCACCCGAAGACAGAGGACCGUCGCAUUACAGAAAUACCUCAAGCUCAAGCACAUCAAGCCUCUUGGGAAGGGUAAAGGGUGAUGAUGGAAAGAAAUCCGUCCCAGUAGAGGGUGAGGCUACAAGAUAUUUACGGAAUAUGAGAGAAAAGAGACGAAGCUCAGGUGGGUCCAUAGGCAGUAGCCCAGGAUUUUGGGGGAGGAGAAACAUCGAUGUCGGCAGGAGAAGUGAGGAUAAUCAAAGAGGUACGGCCUUGGCAGAGAGAUCGAAGGAAAUUGAGCAUCACUUUGGAGUAGCAAGAAAAUAAGAAAGGUUAGUAUAUUUGUACAAUUGUCAAUGGAUGAGUAUUUGGGCAUUCAUUUCACGUUUGUAGAUUUAAAUUUUACAGAAAUUGUAUAGCAAGCAAACAAGAAAAGUAUCCAAGUGUCAGAAACUUUCAAUGAAUGGCGAAGAAUUUUCUAGGGCCUUGAUUCCUUCAUCAUGAUCUUUAAUCCAAAGGACACCGACAAACCAAGCCUCGUGUUCCAUAUACAAGCAAGGAUCAUCUUGUCCAAAAAUUUAUGCCAACCAGGAACCCAGCUAGCAAGCUAGCAAGCUACCACAAGAUACGAGUGCCAAAUAUUUUAACCUUCAUGAAAGGUUUUCCAAAGAACGCGUCUGCAGAUCAGAUCACACUAGCUACCGAAUAUCAUGGAAACUAGCCUAGAUUGACGGAUCUACAUAACGCUAGAUGGCACUAGACGACGAGCUGAAGCUAGCUCACUAGCCACAUUUAAGCGUAUUGAGCCUAGUGGAUAUCUUGAUACAGGAACAAGCGAGUCUAUGACUUCAUUACUUGGGGAUGGGAAAGGAAGGAAGGUACUGGUAGUAGAAUGUAUGAUCGACGGAACGAAUGCGGGGAUGUUAC